ACUGACCUUGACAUGCAGGGUUCCCCUCUCAGCUAGCUGCUAGGAAGGAUGAUCCAUGACGCCGAGCAUGUUCGGCGAUCUCAUCCCUUCAGAGAUCGUAUCGUGGGCUCUGCCUCGUCUUAAGUAAGACGCAACCCUGUGGUGAGACUUCGGACCCUAUGACGGCUCUCUUCUGCUGUUCAGAUCCUGCCCGAUCCCUGCUCCUUUUCUCCGAGUCAUACACAAUUUCGAGGUUAUAGUUCGGUUGUCAGCGCCUUAGUUAACCUACACCAAGGCUACAUACAUACUUUCGACGAAGUGGUACAGUUCACUGCUGAUUAUGGAGUCUGAAUUACCGACCAAGGAAGAUGACUUCGACCUGGAACGGAAUGAAGCACAUCAAUUUUUGAUGAACAAGACAGUAAAAAGUUUUGCUUGGCGUGAUCUACGAGUCACGGUGAAGGACCGUCGAACAAAACUACCCCGACAGCUAAUCGACGGGAUCAGUGGCUCAGUCCAGAGUGGAGAACUGGUCGCAUUGAUGGGUCCGUCAGGAUGCGGCAAGACAACUCUCCUUAACGUCCUUGCUCGUCGUGUGGCAUCCUCAGGCGCAACAAAUUCAGGAGAGUGCUACGUCAAUGGGUCUGCCAUGGAUAGUACAACCUUCGGUCGACUCACGUCCUAUGUGGAGCAAGAAGAUGCCUUGAUAGGUUCUUUGACCGUCCAGGAAACAUUGAAGUUUGCAGCGGAUCUCUCUCUGCCGAGUUCCGUCUCCAAAUCGCAACGGGCAGAGCGCAUCCGGACUCUUUUGGAAGCAUUCGGGAUUCAGAAUCAGGCCUCAACGUUGGUUGGCACUCCAAUCCGAAAGGGCAUUAGCGGUGGGCAGAAACGGCGCCUUAGUGUUGCCAGUCAAUUGAUCACUUGCCCUAAGAUUUUAUUCUUAGACGAGCCUACCAGUGGUCUGGAUUCAACCGCCAGCUAUGAAGUUAUCUCCUACAUCAAGAGACUGGCUGUCACAAAUCAUCUCAUUAUUAUCGCCAGCAUCCACCAACCAUCAUCAACCACUUUCCAACUCUUCAAUAAGCUGCUUCUAUUAUCAGGUGGAAAGACUUGCUACUCUGGCCCUGUUACUGAUGUACCGCACUACUUCGACCGAAUCGGUCAUUGUGUUCCGCCAAAUACAAAUCCGGCUGAGUUUAUUCUCGACCUGAUCAGCGCGGACUUUGCUAGCGGUACACUCGCCGCGCCGGAGGACCAAGUGGAGGAGAUUCGCUCAGCUUGGCGACUAUCUGCCGAAUGCAACGCAUUGAAUGAACAGAUAUCGCAGGACUUAAGUGUUUCUGAAAAGAACUCUAGGAAGGUCGACAUCGCAGAGCUCGGCCAUCCGGGGAUGAUUAGUAUUAUCAUUUCUCUCUUGCACCGCGCCUUCAUCAAGAGCCAUCGCGACAUUGUGGCAUACGGGAUCCGGAUCGUUAUGUACAUGGCACUGGCCAUAAUGGUAGGCACUGUCUGGCUGCGGUUGCACACCGAACAGGCGUACAUCCAGCCUUUCAUCAACUCCAUUUUCUUUGGCUCCGCAUUCAUGAGUUUCAUGGCCGUCGCCUACGUACCCGCCUUCCUCGAGGACCUAGCAACCUUUACCAAAGAACGCGCAAACGGUCUUUACGGCUCUUUUCCAUUCCUCGUGUCCAAUUUCAUCAUUGGGCUCCCCUUUCUCUUUCUCAUCUCCCUUCUCUACUCCGCAAUCGCUUACUGGCUGAACAACCUCACACCAAACGCCACGGCGUUCUUCACGUGGAUCAUGUGGAUAUUCUUGGAUCUCGUGGCUGCAGAAUCGCUGGUUGUCUUUAUCUCCUCCAUCUUCCCCAACUUCGUCAUCGCCCUCGCCCUAGUUGCCUUCGCCAACGGACUCUGGAUGGCGGUGGGUGGUUUCCUCGUGGCGCAAACCAUUUUGAACCCGUUCUGGAAAUAUGUCUUUCAUUACAUUGAUUACCAGGCAUACGUCUUCCAAGGCAUGAUGGUUAACCAAUUCUCCGACCGCAUCUUCGCCUGCACCGCCGACUGCACCUGCAUGUACCAGACAGACCUAGCCGCGCAAUGCCAGAUCCGCGGCACCGGCGUGCUGCACGAGUACGGCUACGCGACAGGCCGCACGGGUAAAUGGGUCGGGAUCCUGCUAGGCAUCAUCGCCGUAUAUCGGUUGUUCGGGUACCUGGCGCUGGUUUUCUUGAGGCGAUAGCUCCAAUGAACUAGGACGGUAUAUCUCCUCACAUAAUUGGGACUCUUCCUCGGUGGUGGAAGAAUCGGGUUGAGAGCUAGAUUUGCUUUGGAGGCGGAUGGAUCGAGGUGAGGCGUAGGUUGGUUCAAGUAAGAUGUUUGUUCGGGUGUGCGGGUCAGAUCGGCUGAUGCACAUCUGCGGGCGUUUUCGCCUCUCGGAGAAUUCUGGAAUGGAUGAACGAAGGGG